AUGGAAAGACAAAUAAGAUUAUUUCGAGAUAUACAAAAGGAAACAUAUAAUGAUGAAGGGGUUUCUACCAAUACAUCUUCUGAACAGGCUGAUGUGGAAGCAGUAGUCUACAAGAUAUUUUGUAGCUUUGAACAUAAGGCAAAAAUUGACCCUGACUUACCAAAGUUGAAUAAAAACCUACACUCUAAGCUUUUGAAGUCUUGGCUCUUAAAUUUACCAAAAAAUUACUCAUGUUUGGAUGCUAGCAGACCUUGGCUAAUUUACUGGAUACUCCAUUCACUAUGGUUGUUAAAUGAUAUACCGUCUUCGGAGAUAUUGUCUAGUGUUGUAAAUUUUCUCACUAAAUGUCAACACAAAGAGGGUGGUUAUGGAGGAGGUCCCUUGCAACACCCUCACCUUGGCACAACAUAUGCAGCUGUAAAUGCCUUAAGUAUUAUAGGAACUGAUGAAGCAUAUAACUCAAUUGACAGAAGUGCUUUACAAAAUUUUUUAUGGACGCUAAGAGAUGUUGAUGGGUCAUUUGCUCUUCAUAAAGGAGGAGAGCAAGACAUCAGAGGAGCAUAUUGUGCAGCUAGCAUUGCAAAAAUGACUAACAUAUAUACUGAUGCCCUAUUUGAUAAAACUGCAGAAUGGAUUGUAAGUUGUCAAACAUAUGAGGGUGGAUUUGCUGGAUGUCCAGGAAUGGAAGCACAUGGUGGUUACACCUUCUGUGGUAUAGCGUGUUUGGCUCUUCUCAAUAGAACACAAGUAUGUGACAUUGACGCUUUAUUGAGAUGGAGUGUUAACCGUCAGAUGAGAUUAGAGGGUGGUUUUCAAGGGAGAACAAACAAAUUAGUUGAUGGUUGUUAUUCGUUUUGGCAAGGUGCAAUAUUACCUAUAGUUAGUGCCAUUUUAGCACAAGAUGAUAAAGAAUUAAUAGAAACCGUUCUAUUUAACCAAGAUGCCUUACAAGAAUAUAUCCUAAUAUGCUGCCAAUCACCUGAAGGAGGACUUAGAGAUAAACCAGGAAAACCUCGAGAUAUCUAUCACACUUGUUACACUCUGAGUGGAUUAUCUGUGGCGCAGCAUGGUACUGGGGCCGGUGAAGCUACAGUGGUCGGCUCACCACGAAAUGAACUUCAUAGAACUCAUCCUCUUCACAACAUUGCACCCCACUUAGCUUAUAAUGCACUGCAUUACUUUAUUAGACAUCCACCACCAGUAAAUGAUGAAAAAUAA